AUGGAAAGGAAGAAUCAGAGCCUUGUAACUACAUUCAUCCUCAUGGGGAUUCCACAUCCACCAGAACUGGACAGCACCCUGUUUGGAAUAUUCUUAGUGAUCUAUGCACUUACUCUGGUGGGAAACCUUCUCAUCUUGACAGUGAUCAAGGUAGAUAACCAUCUCCACACUCCCAUGUACUACUUCCUGGCCAACCUCUCCUUCAUUGACACAUGUUUCUCCACUGUCACCGUGCCCAAGAUUCUCAUGGGUCUCCUAUCUCCAGAGGGUGGGGCCAUAUCUUUUCAAAGUUGUGUAGCUCAGCUCUAUUUUUUUCACAUUCUGGGGGGCUCUGAGUGCUUACUUUAUACAGUCAUGUCCUAUGACCGCUACCUGGCUAUAACUUACCCUCUGCGCUAUGCUACCAUGAUGAGUGGGAAAACUUGUGCCCUUCUAGCUGGAGGCACAUGGCUCACUGGUGCCCUUCUCUCUGCUAUCCAGACUACUUUGACCUUCCGUCUUCCCUAUUGUGGACCCAACCAGAUUGAGCAUUACCUUUGUGAUGCACCCCCCAUUCUCAAAUUGGCCUGUGCAGAUACCUCAGACAAUGAGACAGUAAUUUUUCUUAACAUUGGAGUACUUACUUUCACUUGUUUCUUCCUGAUUUUCCUUUCCUAUAUGUCCAUUGUCCGUGCUAUCCUGAAGAUCCACACAGCACAGGGCAGAUACAAAGCCUUCCAGACCUGUGCCUCCCACUGCAUUGUAGUUCUCUGUUUCUUUUUACCUUGUCUUUUUAUUUACCUGAGACCAGGCACCAAAGACGCCGUGGAUAUAAUUGUUGCUAUUUUCUUUACUGUGCUCACACCCAUGCUGAACCCCAUGGUGUACACACUGAGGAACAAAGAGGUGAAGACAGCUCUGCUCAGGCUACGAAGCAGAGAUUUUGCUAAAAGAAAAUAG